AAGUAUUAUGUACUUAAUGACGAGUAGCUAGUGCUUUAGAAUUGUUAGAAUCUUUAUGAAGCACACCACUGAAGAUGAGGUGGGGAAACCUGGCUUUUAUCAUCAUACUAACAAUCCCACAAGAACUCUUUGCAGAAGAGAAACCCUGUGAUUUUCCUCCUGUGGAAAAUGGAAGGAUUGCUCAAUAUUACUACACUUUCAAAAGUUUUUACUUUCCCAUGAGCAUAGACAAAAAAUUGUCGUUUUUCUGCUUGGCUGGUUAUACAACUAAAACUGGGAAGCAGGAAGAGCGGACUACGUGUACGCGAGAAGGCUGGUCUCCAGAGCCAAGGUGCUUCAAAAAAUGCACAAAGCCUGACCUGAGACAUGGCUACAUUUCUGAUGCAAAACUGCUGUACAAAAUUCAAGAGAAGUUGCGUUAUGGUUGUGCUUCAGGAUACAAAACCACUGGAGGGAAGAAUGAAGAAGAGAUUCAAUGUCUCUCUGACGGGUGGUCUUCUCCACCAGCCUGUAUGAAGGAACAUGAAACAUGUUUGGCUCCUGAAUUAUAUAAUGGAAAUUAUUCUACAACACAGAAAAUAUUCCAAGUGAAGGACAAAGUACAAUACGAAUGUGCUCCUGGCUUCCACACAGCUGGAGGAAAGAAGAUGGAGGAGGCGGAAUGUACCACAUAUGGGUGGUCUCUCACACCCAAGUGUACCAAAUUAAAGUGCUCGUCUUUAAGAUUAAUAGAAAAUGGUUAUUUUCAUCCUGUAAAACAAACCUAUGAAGAAGGAGAUGUAGUUCAGUUUUUCUGUCAUGAAAAUUAUUAUCUAAGCGGAUCUGAUUUAAUUCAAUGUUAUAAUUUUGGUUGGUACCCCAAAUCUCCUGUAUGUGAAGGAAGAAGAAAUCGAUGUCCUCCUCCACCUCUGCCUCUAAACUCCAAAGUACAAACAUACGCAACAACUUACCGUCAUGGAGAAAUAGUUCACAUAGAAUGUGAACUUAAUUUUGAGAUCCAGGGGUCUGAGGAAAUACGGUGUGAAAAUGGAAAAUGGACAGACCCUCCAAAAUGCAUCGAAGGAAAGGAAAAGAUAGCCUGUGAGAAUCCACCCUCCAUUGAGAAUGGUGCAGCAAACCUGCACUCAGAGGUUUAUUACAACGGGGACAGAGUGACAUAUGGAUGUGAAAGUGGCUAUCAUCUCCGUGGAUCAAAUGAGAUAACUUGUCGUGGUGGAAAGUGGACACUCCCCCCUGAGUGUGUUGAGAAUAAUGAGAACUGUAAGCCUCCGUCUGACGUCAUAAAUGGAGCUGUGGUGGAUGGGUUGUUGGCAAGCUAUACAACAGGGUCCUCCGUGGAGUACAGAUGCAAUGAGUAUUACUUAUUGAGAGGGUCAAAAACAUCUCACUGUGAACAAGGGAAAUGGUCAUCCCCACCACCUGUUUGCUUGGAGCCAUGUACUGUUAAUGUGGAUUACAUGAACAGAAAUAACAUAGAGAUGAAGUGGAAAUUUGAAGGAAAAGUCUUACAUGGAGAUUUAAUAGAUUUUGCUUGUAAACAGGGAUAUGCCUUAUCUCCAUCAACCCCAUUGUCUGAGUUAUCUGUCCAGUGCAAUAGAGGAGAAGUGAAAUAUCCUUUAUGUGUUAGAAAAGAAACUAAAGGAAGGUGUGCAUCUCCUCCACUUAUUAAAAAUGGAGUCAUUAUUAGUUCACCCGUAGAGACCUAUGAAAAUGGCUCAUCAAUAGAAUACAGAUGUUUUGAUCACCAUUUCCUGCAAGGGUCCAGGGAGGCCUAUUGUUUAGAGGGAGUGUGGACUACACCGCCUUUGUGUUUAGAGCCUUGCACGUUAUCUUUCAUUGAAAUGGAAAACAAUAAUUUACUCCUGAAAUGGAAUUUUGACAAUAGACCACACAUUUUCCAUGGUGAAUAUAUUGAGUUUCGUUGUAGGGGAAAUACAUAUACAGCUGAGUCUUCUAUUAUUGGAUCUGAACUUAGAGUGCAGUGUAACCAAGGGCAGUUAAAAUAUCCAAGAUGUAUUCCAAGAGAAAGGAUUCUGUCUUAUUAAGAACCCUUAAGGACAUAGAAAUAAAUGGCUGAAAGAGGGUUGGUAUUGCAGCACAUCAUAAAAUCCUUUAUAAACAUAAUUUUUGAAAGAAAUAUGCUAAGUAUGCUUAAAAAUAUGAAUCUAAAUUGUUUGUGCAGAACAUUUUCUUUAUUUAUAAAGAAAAGUCAAAAAUGUAGCUCGAUUUUCAGUUUGUAUUACUUAGCUUAUAACCUAAUCUCUAUUCUACGUCUUUUAUCUGGUAAAAAUCAAUUCAUCCCUUAAAAUAUUUCCAUUUCCUAAUGCUCAUUAAAUGGACUAUAAUCAUUGUCUGUAUGUAGAAAAAUUUUACAUUCACGUUCAUUAUUACCUUCAUUAAUAUUAAAGUU